AUGAUUUCAACAUUAAUUAUUGUUUUUACUUUAUUUAUCAAUGCCAGUGCUAUACUUGAUAUUAAAAUGAAACGCAAAGAAAUUGGUUUUAUCGUUGAAAGUCCUUCGAUUUGUGAUAAAAUACGUGAAUUUCUUACAAGUCUUCAAUAUUUUCGAGUAUUUAUUGGUCUUUGGAAUAUGUUAAUCAUCCUCGCUAUGUUUACUAUAUUUGGCUAUUAG